AUGGAGAACACGAUCCUCGUGGCCGCGCGCUGGUUCAUGAAGGAUGAGCUGGAGCCGCUGCUUGGGAAGCAGGGAUCCCUAUAUUGGGCCCGCCUUGUGCGACACAUCGAGACGGAAAAUCCUGUGUGGGUUCGCGGCGUUAACGCCGUGCAGAAGCAGUGGCGCAAUCUCGUCGUAAUGUUCAAGCAGUUGCAGAAGGCGGAUAAGGCGUCUGGGAAUGGCGUGGUGUGUAAGCCACCGUGGCGGCCGUAUAUGGAGUUAUUUCAGAACAACCGGGCAGUCGCUGCGCCGCAUGCCGUGGAUGGCGGUGGGGCUAUACACGUGAACGUGCCGUGCGGGUUCGCUGUGCCGUCUACGUCCGCUCCAACCACCUCUACGCCGACGUUAACAGAUGCGAUGGCAAAGCUGGAGGGUCUCGUCCGCGCCUGGAUGCAGCAAGAUGCCGAGAUUGCGCGCACGCGCAACCAGGGUCCGGCUCCAACGCCACCAACCGCCAACGGCGUCCCCGAGGAUGCGGCCACCCAGCCCGCAACGACCGCCGCCGAAGGCGGCGACGGAGGAUGGUUCCGUUGCGGACAGCGCGGUGAUGACGGUGCUAACCCGGACGAGGCCGAGGAAGUGUGGGUUCGCGGCGACAACGUGUAA